GGCGCGCUGUCUCCUGGCCUGUCUGGAGCGCUGCGGCGGCAGUGGCGGCACUGGCGGCGGCACUUGCGGCGGCACCGCGGGCACCGGUCCGGGGAGCGGAACCAUGAGUGGAUCACAGAACAAUGACAUGAAAAGACAGUUUCUGCUGGAGCGACUGCUGGAUGCAGUGAAACAGUGCCAGAUCCGCUUUGGAGGGAGAAAAGAGAUCGCCUCGGAUUCUGACAGCAGGGUGACCUGUCUGUGUGCCCAGUUUGAGGCCGUCCUGCAGCAUGGCCUGAAGAGGAGUCGAGGAUUAGCCCUCACAGCAGCCGCGAUCAAACAGGCAGCCGGCUUUGCCAGCAAAACCGAAACAGAGCCCGUGUUCUGGUUCUAUGUGAAGGAGGUCCUCAGCAGGCAUGAGCUGCAGCGCUUCUACGCCCUGCGCCACAUCGCCUCGGACGCCGGCCGCGGCCGCGCCUGGCUCCGCUGCGCCCUCAACGAGCACUCGCUGGAGCGCUACCUGCACUCGCUCCUGGCCGACCGCGCCAGGCUCAGCACUUUUUAUGAAGAUUGGGCCUUUGUGAUGGAUGAAGAAAGGUCUAGCAUGCUUCCUACCAUGGCAGCUGGUCUGAACUCCAUCCUCUUCGCCAUCAACAUCGACAACACCGAUUUAAACGGGCAGAGUAAGUUCGCUCCCACCGUCUCGGACCUUUUGAAGGAGUCCACGCAGAACGUGACCUCGUUGCUGAAGGAGUCCACCCAGGGCAUGAGCAGCCUCUUCAGGGAGAUCACGGCCUCUUCCGCCGUCUCCAUCCUCAUCAAGCCGGAGCAGGAGAGCGACCCCCUGCCCGUUGUGUCCACGCACGUUAGUGCGGACACUACGUGUAAAAAGGAGCGGAAGAAGAAAAAGAAGGUGACCAACAUCAUCUCCUUUGAUGAUGAGGACGAUGAGCAGAUCUCGGGCGACGUGUUUGUCAGGAAGAUCCCCGGGGCCGGGGAGAGCUCGGAGGAGAAUUCUGACCGCUCCUCCAUCAAUAUCAUGUCGGCCUUUGAAAGCCCCUUUGGGCCAAAUUCCAAUGGAAGUCAGAGCAGCAACUCAUGGAAAAUCGAUUCCCUGUCUUUGAACGGGGAGCUUGGGUACCAGAAGCUGGAUGUGAAAAGCAUCGAUGACGAGGACGUGGAUGAAAAUGAGGAUGAUGCAUAUGGGAACACGCCGGGAAGGAAGCGCCCCAGCCACUCAGAGUCGCCCGAGAAGCCGCUGGACGGCAGCGCCUGCCUCUCCCAGAUGCACGCUUGGGCCCCGCUGCAGGUGCUGCAUGGCGAUGCCGACGUCCUCUUCCCGGUCAGCGGAGUGGGCUCCUACGGCCCCGCAGACGCCCCGCUCGGGAGCCUGGAGAACGGGACUGGGCCCGAGGACCACGUGCUCCCGGAGCCUGGACCUCGGUACAGUGUGGAAGCCAGUCCUCCUGGCCAAGGAAGUCCUCUGAGCGGCCUGUUACCUCCCACCUCUGUCCCGGAGUCGAUGACAGUGAGUGAGCUGCGACAAGCCAUCGUGGCCAUGAUGAACAGGAAAGAUGAGCUGGAGGAAGAGAACAGGUCCCUGCGGAACCUGCUUGACGGUGAGAUGGAGCACUCGGCUGCGCUCCGGCAAGAGGUCGACACCUUCAAGAGGAGGGUGGCCGAGCAGGAGGAACGGCACAUCACGAAGGUGCAGGCGUUGACAAGAGAAAACGAAGUGCUCAAAGUCCAGCUGAAGAAGUAUGUCGGAGCUGUCCAGAUGCUGAAAAGAGAAGGUCACGCGGCGGAAGGUGUACCAAAUCUUUGGAAUGUUGAUGGAGAAGUGGCAGUCACUGAGCAGAAGCCGGGAGAAGUGGCCGAGGAACUAGCGAGCUCCUACGAGAGAAAGCUUAUUGAGGUGGCGGAGAUGCACGGGGAGCUGAUUGAGUUCAACGAGCGCCUGCACCGGGCCCUGGUGGCCAAGGAAGCCCUCGUGUCCCAGAUGAGGCAGGAGCUCAUCGACCUCCGGGGACCCGUGCCUGGAGAUUUGAGCCAAACAUCUGAAGACCAGAGUUUGUCAGAUUUUGAAAUAUCCAACCGGGCGCUCAUCAAUGUCUGGAUCCCAUCAGUGUUUCUCCGGGGCAAAGCUGCCAACGCGUUCCACGUGUAUCAGGUCUACAUCCGGAUAAAAGACGAUGAAUGGAACAUCUAUCGGCGGUACACAGAGUUUAGGAGUUUGCACCACAAGUUACAGAACAAAUACCCCCAAGUGAGGGCCUACAACUUCCCACCCAAAAAGGCCAUUGGGAACAAGGACGCCAAGUUUGUGGAGGAACGCAGGAAGCAGCUCCAGACCUACCUGCGCAACGUCAUGAACAAGGUCAUCCAGGUGGUCCCCGAGUUCGCCGCCAGCCCCCAGAAGGAAACCCUGGUCCAGCUGAUGCCCUUCUUCCUUGACAUCGCCGCUCCUGGAGAACGACUGACCAAGAACAGCCGGCCCAAAGUGGCUUCCCGCUUCCCGAAGCUGUCCCGAGGUCACCCCAGGGAGACGCGCAAUGUGGAGCCCCAGAGCGGUGACCUCUGACCUCGCCAGAACCCCAGACUCGGGCCCUGUGUGCUGCGCCAGCUGCCUCCAGCCUGGCCACGGCAGCUGGCCCCUUCCACCUCGAAGUGACCACCCUGUCCCCACCCCAGAGAGCACACUUUCCACACCGGUCACGUGACACUGAUUAAACUGGUCACUCAGAGCGGGGUGGCUCCUCGCUGGACAGACGCGGACACGUGGGCCCUGUGGGGACAUCCAUUCCCCUCCUGCCAAGCCCAGAGGGGGGCCCCGGGUCAGGCUCAGAGCCCCCUGGUUGAGAUGCACAAGUCUGACGGCUCUUUUGGGCGGAAGGAUCGUUCAGGAAACUCCUCCAGACUCUCGCCCCCACAGGAAUCCGAGUGACUGUUACCCUUUGUUUGUGUUUCAUGGCAUCGCCUGCUCCGGCCUGUGGACAUGAAGGGUUUUGGGGGGAGGGGCUCACUCCUUCCCACGCACUCCCCCAAGUGGUCGGUACACACCCUAGUUCUUGCCACCAGGCUCCAGCGUGACAGUCCCGUGGCCUUCGCGCGAAGGGACCGUCAGGGAUGAGGAACUGUGGUUCUGGGAGAACCCUACCUCCUUAUGGCUGGUCCGGGAAGGACUGGCCGCUGUAGGAAACCUGAGGGCACCUGGGCCCAUGGGCCCUUUGGCCUGCCCGCAGGAACCUGGGGACGCAUGUUGGAGCACCCCGGGCUCUCUAGGAAACGGGGGCCUUGGCCUCCAAAGCCCAGAGGACAGGCCUUGAGACUGGGACUCAGCUCUUGGACUCGCUACAGAGGUUCCGUGGGCCUCAGGCCAUCAGACCUGGCUCCAGGGCCCCGGCAGGCUCGGCCUGGCUCUCUGCGAACUUGGGUACAAUGUCCACUCUGCACAGAUCACGGUCACGCCCUAAAGACAUGGGCGUGUGACACGGCCUCUGUCACCCAGCAUGCUCUCGGUGUCCCUCUGCUCCGGCGUCUCCAAACAGGGGGGCCCCCCACCCUGACAGCAGGUCAGAGCAGGACAAGGAGCAGCAGUGUGGCGGCCACCCUGGGCCCCUCCCACGUCACAUUUCCUCUGGUACCAGAGCCAUUCGACCAGUUUCGCCAUCGAGAAUCAUGGAAUACUCUCCCACCCUGGGGCGAAAGCCACCCUCAGCUGCUGAUCAUUACAAAGGGGCAUUUUCUGGGGACAGCAGACGACGUGGACAUGUGAGAAGGACGGUCAGCAGAAGCCUGGCCACAUGCUCCGCUGGGCACCGUCUCAACCCCCCAGCUUCCAGCUGGACACGUGACCAGGAGGAGCAUGGAGCACUUCCUCCGUGGAGGAAAGCUCUGGAAGGUUUGUGCUGCGUGCUCCUCUGUCAGCCACAGCCCUCAGAGGAGGCCCAAGGAGCUUCUCAGGAAACAUUCUGCCAGGUGCGCAAAGCAAGCAGGCUGUGCUCCAUGGAUGGACGCUGGCACCGUGGUCAGCCCAUGGGGAUCAGCGGACCUGAGCGAGGCUGCAUCCCUGACACAUGUGCUUUCUUGGAACCCCAGUCCCCCUGUGCUGAACCGGCCACUGCCCUGACCACACAGCCCUCGUCGACCAAGUCCCCUGGCACAUUCUGGAAGCUCCCACUGCCCCAGAGCCUGGGUCCCUCCACGUGGUCACUCCGACGCCAGCUGUCGGGCUGGCCCAGCACUGCCUGCACAGCCGACCCUUCACCCAAGGGUCCCUUCUGGUUACCAGACCCUGAACAGGACCACCGCCCCGGCAGCCCCAGGGCUUCCAAUCAGCCAGCCUUUUCCAGCUCCUGACCCGACACACGUCUGAGUGAGCGUGGGCCUGGCCUCGCCUUCGCCAUCCGCCCCACCGGGAACCUGCUUCAGCCUCCUGUACAGGGAGUUAACGACGACAGUGACAAAAAAGGCACCCGAGACUACGGAGGAUAGGUGCUGAUCGGGGGGAGACGUGCGCGCUCUCAAGGCUGUACUUAAAAAGGAGGAACUCCGCCUCCCUCUUUUUAAAAGCUUAGUAAUUCACGGAAAGCUUGCCCUCCUCUUCCAAGAUGCGGACUGUGAAUGCAUGUUUCCGGGGCCUCACAGGGACCCUUCCAGGCUGCUUGCUGUCUGUAGAGCCGUCUUUGUGAUCCUGUGGGAGCCCUGGACUCAUCUUCAGCACACAGACCAGCCCACAUCUCAGCUCAGACACGCAGGGGACACACACAUUACCGUGUUCCCUUUGGAAUCACAUGGAAUAUCCUGCAGGGAUUUAGUCCAUCCAGCUGCUCAAAAGCCUUCUGCCCUGGGGGGAUGGACUUAGAAGGGGCGGAUGCCCAGCUCCUGGAGGAAGACAAAAUGCUGAGGUCCAGGCCGAGAUCUGGGGCACAAAAGGCCACCCCGUGACGGUGUGUUAGCGGCUGCCGGUCACCCCGGAUCCAAUUCAGAGGGCAGCUGUCCUCCACCCCCUCGACCCAUGAGAGGGAAAGAGCCCCCCACAAAGGACCUGCUGACAUCACUUCUCUCUCCUCGACCUAACUAGAACACUCUUUGGUACCUCAGAUGUUAACAUCUGAGAGAGGCAGCCUUCCCCACGCAGAGCAGCCAGGGAGCCCGCUUCUCUCUAGGCCCUGACCCUCUAGUGCCACCCUCCGGGGAGGAGGAGUCCCCUCAGCAGAGCCAGGAUGUCCGCUCGGGGGCCGCUUUAGCACAAAAGGGAGGGAACCUCACUGGGCAGGGACAACUCCGCCCCCACCUCAUUUGUCCCCACCUUUUCCCCAAAUGACAGAAGCCGGGGAAAAGCCAGCUGGGCAUGACGGCUCUCCCUAAAAGGGAAAACCCAUCUCCCGGCAGGGCAUCCGAGGCUGGUGGCCGUUCAGCCCAGAGGGGGCCUUUCCCAGCCCUGCUGUAGCUCUGACACCCUGGCUUGGCUCCUUAGACCCGUUCACGGGCACACGCCGCUCCGUCACCAGCAGGGACUCACGGAGAGCGGAGCUGUGGCUCAAAUGGCCCAGCAUCUCUCCAGUUGGACUGGCAGCGGGCACGGAGGAGGUGGCUUCACGACAGAGGCCGUUCCGUCCCACGGUGUCUCCUCCAGCAUCACAACCAGGCCCAUCCAAGGGCUUCCAGGUCACAAAGGGAGGACCUGAUGGAGCCGUAGCCCUGACACCAUCCUGAGACCCAGCACGAGGCAGGGACUCGGGCCAGCGUGUGGGGGCAAGGGCUUGUCACCCCGCAUGGCGCUCUGCUGCUCGGCUCAGGCCCUAUUAAGACACGUUCUUUGAUUACCGCUGGGUGUCACAGCAGUGGCGGGCUGUGUUGUGCCUUUAGAAAGGAGGCCAUCAAAGGUGUUUACAUCCGCGGGCUUGCUGACCCAGCUGGAGUUAACACAGCAGGACGACUCGCACCGGAGAUCCAAGAUUUAAUCCCCAGGUUUGGGGCCCAGAGUCAGGAAAUAGGAAGCCAGCCCUGUGGGUCAGAAGCAGUACCGCUUAUCUCCUAAUACUUGGAACCAGGGCUCUGCGGCCCAGGGCACACAGUGGCCUCGCCUUUCCUUUUUCUCUUGGGUCCUCACAGACAGUUUGCCCAACUGCUCAGCUUCACAUGCAGUGCAGCCCACAGCCACCAGCUGGCCCCUCACCUGGAGGCCAGGCCCUGUCCCCAAGGCUCCCGGCAGACCUCUCCUAACCCAUCACCUGCUGCAUCCUGCCUCCAUCCCUAGCCUGGCAGCCUGGGCCCAGCGUUGGUGCCCGUUCGUGGGAGGACCUCACCUGCGCAUGUAACGGACGGCAAAGAACAGGCUGGAUUCUCAGCCCGGAGCCGGGAUGGGCCUCCCCCGGGACCUGCCAGGGAGGACCCUGCCCGGAGCAUCAUCUGGCUAAGAGGCGUCUGGAAGGACGAGCCAUGGUCAAGUUCAACUCCAAAGGCAAUACCCAUCCUGACCCUGCCUCAGUAUCUCACUUGGAAUGUGCCACCCACGCUGAACCUUACCCCUGCCCCCGGCCUGCGACUCGGGGGACAGAGGGCACUUCCGACGGGCAGGCAUGUGCUCCUGAGCAAGGCCUUUUGCAACGAUUAUCUUUCCAAAUAUUGUACGUUGUUUCAUUAAAGCUAACAUGAGAUGUCUGCUGUUCAGAUCGGCUUCUGUGCUAAUUUUGCACAAUUGUAGCACUGUAUAUUUUAUCUAACAUUCCUGCGCCAAAAAGUUCAUUUGUCAUGUCUCCGUAACACAUGGUCUUAAUCAUGUUUCUAAAAGAAAACUUGAGCUACUGGAUCAACGGAAGGGAGGGUGGAACAUACCCAUCUCCCGCUCUGAGCAGAGCGGCUGUCCCAAAAUGCCGUGCUCUGUUCAUUGCCAGGAUGUCUCCGUUCCCUUCCGCCCUGCCCAUUGCCAGGGAUGGGCCUGAUUUUGGUGGGAGCCAAAAUGCUCCUGCCAAGGAGCCCUCACCACCACACUGAAUGGGUUUCCUGACCUCCCUGAUUGGUGUGGGGUCAGGGGCUGUUUCUUUCAAAGUCUAGAGCAAGCAUGCGCCCAUUGGGAGAACAUGCUGGAUCCAUCUGCGUUUCGAGUCCAGGAGUUCGGUUCUGAAUGGGCGUGGGAAUGGUUUUUAUCGUCAUUGAAAACCACUGGCCAACCUGCCCAGGCUCCCCCUCCCGCUUGAACUGGAUCAAGUCAGCCUCCUGCCUUCACCACCUGCAAAGGGAAAAGCCAUGCACCUCUGAGAGUCCUUUUCCGCCAUCACUCGAGGCCACACAGGGAGCCCCCCAGCAGAAAAACGGGGACCAAGGACAGCAAAGGACGAAAUGGGGGAAUCACACGUUUGCAGCCAGAGUUGUUGACCCUCCAGAGAUGAGCUGCAGAACAGGCGGUGGUGGAGCUAAUUGGGAUUUUUUUUUUUUUUUCUUGUCUAGGAUUCAUUCCAGAAAGAAUGUCUUUACCUCUGCAGCCUUAGCAUCCCCAUCCCUGGUGUAGCCAUCUGGUAGGACACUAACUCAUCAGAUGCUGACUUCUUGGUGGCGGGACUGUCUUGACCGCAGGCACCAUGGUGACCCCCCAGGUGGAGGCCCUCGGCCCGGCCUGAGUCACCCACGAUGGGGGCCCAGGGAGCCGUCUGUCAGGUGUAACACGGCGACGUAUCCAGAGCCUAGUCUACUUGUCUGGAUGUGCGCGAGGCCUCGAAGUCCACAGAUUUGCUAUGAAACAUGUAGUGUUAUCUUCUGUUGAGGUUUACACAAUAGAAUUUUUAAACAAAUGUGUUUAAUUUUCUAAAAUCUCUUGUAUUAAAAUUUUCUUUUGGAAUAAGCUGUGGUAAUUUUGUUACAAUCCGGUUGAUACACACACCUUUACAACGACGACGAAAUAAACACAGUGACGUUUUAUAAAUCGGA